AUCGGACAAAAAAGAUAGCUUUAAUGACAAAUUAUGUCGAUAGCAACAUUUUAUUUUUUCUUUUAAUAUGGCUAUGUAUAUUAUUUAUUAUUUAUUAUUAUAUAUAAAAAACCAAAUAAUAUUAUUUAUAUCGCUCAAAUAAAAUAAAGUAAAAUACGUUAUAUUGCUACUAAAAAGCUCAUGGAUCUUGAACGUGGAUAUUAAGAAUGAGAUAUACACUUCACUUCACAAUUCACAUCAUAUAGUCAAACUUAUCUCCUAACUCAUUGAAACAGGAGCCUAAACAAUUUCCAGAUCCCCUAGAUCACUGAUUUCUCGAUCCCAAAAUCUUCAUCAUCAACAAUCAAUCCGCUGAAAUUUUGAUUUUAGGUGGCGUUCUCUAAUCCAUAUUCAGGUGAACUGAUUUCACCUGCGGAUUCUGUUACACCGGAAAGCUGAAUCCGUUCAUUUCUAGAUAUGGGGGUGGUGAAGGCGGCAGUUGGUGAUGCGGUGGUGACCUUCAUGUGGAUAUUCUGUGCUUCCACCCUCGGCGCUGCCACUUCCAUUAUUACUAAUUCGAUGGGCGCCGGAGGGCUGGCUUCCCUUGCAAUCACUACUUCCCUUAUAUUUGUUAUCUCCGUCGUGUUUGGAUUGAUUGCCGAUGCCUUCGGUGGCGCUAGCUUCAAUGCGAUCGGUACAAUUGCGUUUAGUAUCGCCGGUGCCGGUGGCGACGAUGAUACACUCAUGUCCACCGCCGUCCGCUUUCCUGCUCAGGCGAUUGGUGCAGCUGGUGGUGUCAUGGCUCUUUUGGAGCUGAUGCCAUUAGAGUACAAACAUCUGCUAGAAGGACCUACACUAAAAGUCGAUUUGCAUACUGGAGCCAUUGCUGAGGGAGUUUUGACUUUCGUUAUCACCUUCGUUGUUCUCUUGAUCAUCAUCAAGGGUCCUAACAGCUUGUUCUUGAAGAACUGGAUGCUUUCCAUGGCAACUAUGGUUGUGAUUCUUGUUGGUUCAAGUUACACAGGUCCUUCCAUGAAUCCUGCAAAUGCAUUUGGGUGGGCAUAUGUGAAUAAUAAACAUAACACAUGGGAGCAGUUUUAUGUUUACUGGAUAUGUCCAUCAUUAGGCGCAAUUUUGGCUGGAUGGUUUUACCGAUUUGUCUUCCCACCUCCACCACCACAAAAACCCAAAACCGCAUAAAAACAAGGCCUUUUUUUAGAUUUACAGAAUAUGUUUUUCUUGAAAAUAAUUACCAAAACUUGUUUAAAAACAUAUUCUUUUCAUGACUUUACUAAUCAUAAAUUCAUAAUCUCAUUCCAAAACCAUAUAUAAUAUGGGAUUGUAAAUUGUAGAAGGAUAGAGAAUCGAGUUCAUUUAUAUAUGUUUCUCAAACACCCAAGAAAAAGUCAACGAAGGUUUUUGACAUAUGCUUAAUUAAUACAAACUUCAAGUUCAUUGAUAAUGUUAAAUUAAAAGAAACUUGAUCACAAUUCACAAUUAGAAUAUUAUAGUUCUGAAAAACUUAAUCUCAUGCAAUUAACUCAUCGUUCAUGCAAUCCCUCAAAUUUAGCUUUGCGACUCCCAUGUCAUCAAUCUCAAGUACAUCGCAACAUUCUGUUUUCCCAUUCUACACCAAACCAAUAAUAUUAUUCGAUAUUUAAGUUAAAAAUAAUUUUAGUUAUACAUAUAUAUACAUAUUUAGUGAUGAUUUACAAACUUUUUUUGAAUGUGAUAUUCAAACAAUCAAACUUACUUGGUUGGGUUUUCUAUUCGGUGAAACAACGUUAAUUCUUGAAACGGAAUCUACAGAAUGAUUGUUUGCGAAUCCACAUGUUGGUAACCCACGUGAACCAAAGCGAGUAUAACUUGUAAUGAUUUUACUUUCAUAAUCAUUGAUAUUCUUUAUGGACUCGAAUGAAAAUACAUGAGGAGUUGCACAUGGGUCAUUUGAAAGUGUUCUUGUGUUGAAUAUGUAAAGAGGUGGCUUGGCUUUUUGUAUCCAUGGCUUGAAGGUCUCAAGUGGGAUCUUUAGGAUGCUACGAGGUAUGAGUUUCUCAUAGAUAUGAACCGAGUAGCCCCAUGAAACUGAAAAUGACCAAUUCAAAUUUCUAUUGUAACAUAUGGUUUGUUGAAUCAAACGAGGUUGAUCGACAUUUGCAGCUUUCAUGAGAUGAUUUGUGGAUUCGAAUCGAUCCAUAGAGUGAAAAAUAGGAUCUAUGUGGUCGAAAUGAUGAAGGGAAAGUAAUGGAACUCUUGGAUGGGCAGAUAGAAAUCCUGAUGCAUCUCCACGUAUAUCCAUCUGUAAAGAUACUUAAAAUAUUUAGACUUGGCUACAAAUAUAUAUAGCAAUCAUACAUUAUUACAUGGUAUAGAUAGGACAAG